AUGUCAAAUUCAUCUCCACGUUACGAUGAUGACAACAUCAAUGAGGAUGCUUUUGAUGAUGAUACUGAUGCUCAACUAAAUCAUUCCUCGUCCGAUAUUAAACUUCGACGAACAAAUGCAGAUUCAUCAAACUAUCCAAUCAUUCAUCGAGCCUUAUCAACAGUCUCUGCUAAUCAGACGCUUGUGAGCAAUCAACGGAAUGCACUAGCGAGAAAUUUUCGUCGUAUAUCAGUGAACGAUGAAAUUGUGACAAUCGAUCAUACAGAUGCUGAUGCAUCAUUUCUACUACCAAAUCUCUACGAGCUGCCAGAUGAAAUUCGUACACGAGUGAUGGACAGUCUUGUUGACACACCAACAAUGACAACAUUAGAAGAAUCAAAACGUCUGAAUUGGUGGGUCAACAAAAAACUACCGUGCCCAAAAUUAUAUCCUCUGCUCACAAGCGGCGAUGGUAAUUGCCUACUGCAUGCGACAUCGUUAGCUAUGUGGGGUUUUCAUGAUCAUUCCCUAUCAAUGCGCAAAGCAUUAAAUGAAACAAUGAUAACAUCAAAACCAAAUAAUUCCCUUUAUCGACGUUGGCGUUGGACUCAAUAUGUACAAAAUAAAAAAUAUGGUCUUGUUUUUUCUGAACAAGAAUGGAAUGAAGAAUGGAAAGGACUGUUGAGAUUGUCGUCUGCGGAACCACGCGUCUCGCAAACCAGUACAAAAGAAAAUUCUUCCUCGUCUGUGAAUUCUUCUGCUGAUGAAACAAAUCGUUGUAAAACAGUACCUGUGACUAAUACGGGCGGUUCAACAAAAUCCUCAUCACAAUCAACUCGGCAGUAUUACGAAAGUUUAGAAGAAUUUCACGUUUACGUCCUAGCUAAUAAUAUUCGUCGACCCAUUGUUGUUUACUCAGAUACAAUUUUGCGAACAAAUGAUGGUGAAGCAAUUUCUCCUAUUGAAUUCGGAGGAAUUUAUCUACCAUUAGAAAUUCCACCUGAAAAAUGUCAUAAGCAACCAGUUUUUCUAGCGUUUGAUGCGGCGCAUUUUUCAGCUCUUGUACCUAUGGAACAAAAUAAUAAACCAACAGGAAAAGAGACUUAUAGAAUUCCGUUAAUCGAUAUUGAUGCAAUCGAUCUUCUCCCAAUUCAUUAUUUUGUUGAUCCUGGUCCUGAUUUUGCGUGGCCAGUCAAUGAAGAACUUUCCGAUGACACGAUUCAUCUUUACACUCAUUAUGGCGGAAGUCGAAUGGAAACAUUGGAGAAAUAUUUGAACCUGUCGAAAGAAAUGUGUCUUCUUAGCGCUUUAGUGUCUCCAUCCAAUGAACCUGCGAAUACUACCGAUGAAUUGUCUACGGCUACAAUUGAGAAUCAUCAAUCACCGUCAAUAGUUAGCAAUCCAGAUGUCUCCAUAUCAACCAAUGAAACCAAUUCAACAACAACCCCUGUGAUCAAUAAAAAAGCUUCCCGACCAUCGUUUAAUUCGUUUUCGAAAAUCAUUCGUCGAACAUUUAUCGACCCGUUUUCGUCCAGCAAACGAGCUUCGUUAAAACAACACCGACAGCACACAAACACUGACACAUCGGACACAUCAGCGAUCGCAGAAAAUGAUCACAUUCGUCGAGCAUCGUCACCGCUACUCGAUCGUCGAACAAACUACUUAACAAUUAUUGUAACGAAUUUUCAGCCGAAACGUCCAAAAACGAGUGAUAAUAUGAUAAAAAAUUAUAUCGAUACAUGUUUGAACGAAUACCGGCCUGAAAAAGUGUCCAAGCAGUCGAAUGAAAGAUCUUCUGCGCAUGAGAAUGACAUAAACAAAGCGAAAGAUAUUCAUUCAGAUCGAAAUAAAGAAAUCUAUUCUUAUUCAUCGUCAUCUUCUUCAACGUCUCAUCAACAGCCGUCAGCCUAUCAACGGUAUCAUUCAUCAGUGAACAAUACUAAUCGCAACACAGUGGAGAAUUCAGUACGACAUUUGCCAUUGACACCAGUUAGUUCCACAAAUAAAACGAAUCCAGGAACAAAGCGUGUGCAAAAGAACUGUGAUAUGGACGACAAUGACGAUCUUUUGCCAAUAGAAAACGGGCAAUUUUCAUCAAAUAUCAAUUAUGUUCAACAAACACAAAAGAAAACCAAUCAGUUAGCACAAACUAACAGUCUUGAAAUGAGCCGAAGUCGUCCUGAAUCAUCUGUGUAUGUCAAUGGGGUGUCAUCAAAUCGAGUGAUAAAACUAACUAAUCACGAAGAACGUACAAAGAACUCCCACGUAGAAACUAUCCUCCCAUCAGUAUUUCAACCAGAUCGUCUUAAACGUGAAUCGCCUCUUGGCUAUGAUAAAAGUGCUGUAACUCAACGUACACCUGAUUCGACUACAAAUACUCGUGGAUCAAUUAAAGCUCCCAAUAAUCAGCAGUCAAAACGUAUACAGAAUCUUAGCCAAACCAAACGUCUUUAA